AUGUCAGGCGCGUCUCACGAUGUCUGGCUCAUUGAAAAUCUUACAAACGGCGAAACGUUGGGCAUCAGAAUCGCCAAGAAUGAAUUCACAGCUUGUCUGAGUGACCGAGGAACGACUGUUCUUCGAUAUCUCAAAGAGAAGCGCCCGAUGCUCCAGGUUCCCAGACUUAUUUGCCAAUCGCAGCAAUAUUCUGUUUUUCAGUAUCUUGGCGGAGAGCCAAUUGAUUAUUGGGACUCCAAUAAGCUUUCGGAUCAGAGGAGGCAUCGUUUACUUGACAGUUUGGCUGUAUUCCUGUUUGAAAUGUGGACUUGUCCUGUGCCAAGGGGUGGUGAGUUCCCUUGCUGUUCAUUGUCUGGCGGAUGAACUGACGAGUACGUGUGAAGCUUGCUCCGUUGAUUAUAAGAGAUGGCUACAGUCAGAGGUUGACCUGGCGAUUAUUCGUUCAUUGGAAGGCGAUCCAGGCUGGGGAGACCUAAUCACUUUUCUCCACCGACGAGCCGCCGUAGAUGAUAUCGUUCCAGAAGGUCCCUUCCCAAGAGCAGCCAUCAAGCACGGCGAUUUUAGUGCUUGGAACGUUUUGAUGGAUGAUGAAGGACUUUCCAGGUAAGUUCCCAGCUAAUCCUCUUGUCUCGAGCUGCUAUACUAAAACCCGAUGUCGACAGAGUAAUCGACUGGGACACGGCGCAGUUUGUCCCAAUGCCAGCUUCCAUCCAUCAUCCUCUCUUCAUUGCCGACAUACCAGGUUGGCAAAAUGCCGUUCCAGAAAACAUGACAUUUGAGAAGGACCGAAAAUAUCUACAAAAUGCCAUUGCUAAGAUAGCCGGCAAAUCGAACCACCCUGACGCUCAGAGUAUCUCUCGACUCCUAUCCAAUUGCUUUGAGCGGCAGUUCUUUGAACUUUCGCUCCGUAGUAAGCUUACAAACGAGCACUACAUCGAGACAAGAAUUAAAGGAUCCAUGGUUGAGAAAUUAGUACUUCAAAAGCAACUGGGAGCCUUCCUUGCCAUCUACACAGGACUCCGAACUAAUCCGACCAUCCUAGCGCUUCAAGAACGCAUGAGACGGACAGAGGGGGUCAGCGUAUCUAUAAUGGAAGAAGAAAAUCUCUCACAUGUCGCAUAA